CUUCCCUCCAGCAAACACAACGUUCCUUCUUCCGUUAAGUUCCCUUCUUUCUUCUUCUCCAACCCAUCCGGCCAUCCUAUCCCAUCCCAUCCCAUCCCAUCCCUUCAGCGUCGUCAUAGCAUAACUCCUCCAGAAUCUCCGAUCCAAACUCCCAACAUCCGUGCGGCCGUGCCCAUAGACGAACUGAACAGCGCUAGCGACCGCCUCCGCAACCGUGGCCUUUCGUUUCGUUUCCCCUUUUGCCGUUGAUAAGCAGGGAGAGAGCAGAACUAUUUCAAACCCCUGCUUGAAGCAGACAAAGUAAGGAGAGAAGAGGAAAUGGUGGCCGUAUCGAAGAUUGAUUUGGGGGCUUGGUUCAGCAAGAGGGUGGUCGAUCCUCUCCACCAAAUCCUGCGCAGAGGGAUGGAACCAAAGCAAUUAGCAUUUUCUGCAGCUCUUGGCUUUACCCUAGGAGUCUUUCCCAUUUGUGGAGUCACUGCUCUGCUGUGUGGGAUGGCAAUUGCAUUACUUGGAUCGCGCUGCCAUGCUCCCACCGUGAUGUUAGCAAACCUUAUUGCAACGCCUAUUGAGCUGAGUCUUGUUGUACCAUUCUUGCGUUUUGGGGAAGUUAUAAUUGGUGGACCCCAUUUUCCAUUGACAUCUGAUGCUUUGAAGAAGGUCUUGACUGGGGAAGCUUCUCAUGAAGUCGUUCAAAGUGUUCUUCAUGCGCUAUUGGGAUGGCUUGUUGCAGCACCAGCUAUUCUCGGAGCAUUGUUUGUGAUACUUUUGCCGUGUUUUAAGGUGUUGGUUGUCAAGUUCCAUAGUGUUCCAUCAAGCCCAAGACAGUCAGGCGGUAUUCUCUCAGAUGUUACCCUUAAGGAAAUUUCUUGUUAACUUGCAUCCGCGUACGGAGAUUGGGAAGUUCCUCUGUCGAGUCAACAGAAGAUGGAAAUAUCAGCUGACGACUGGUUUACGAAGGUCAGAAAUAAAUCUAGCAUAAAUCUGAAACCACAUUGUCUGUAUGAUAACUUAAGGAGGAGGAUAGUUCCCUUGUCUUAUUUUGCUAUAUUCUGAAUCAUUUUUCGCUUUAGUUUGUGUCUCUUGGUUGCGCAUAGUUGAUUAUCGUCGUCCACUGUGAACAAAAUUGUUUUGUGAAUGGCAGAAGAU